GGUUGGCUCAGUCUGAGUGAGUUAACCGUACCGUAACGACGUGACACCUGCGCCGGUCUUGGUAGUAGACGCGAAUUUUGAUUACCUUUUUUUGCGCAAGUUUUAAUUUGAGGAAGAGCGGGAAGGCUUUUUUCAAAGGAUUUGUGAGAGUGAUUUUGGAUUGAGCUGAAAAUUAGUUAGCGGAGGAAAAAUGUAGCUAAUUUUCGGUGAUAAAAUGAGUUAAAAUGAUCAAAAAAUCAAGUGAUGAUCAAUCGCUCGAUCAAGCGAGUGUCCAAGAGAAUGGAACAAGUGGUGGAAGAAACCAAGAUGGUGGCUUAAGCCGCCGAAGCUGAUGCUGUGCGCGAGCCGAAAGAGUUUAUCAGAGAUUAAGCCCGUUGUGAGGUGAGCGCGAGGUAAAAACGAGGUUAAGGAAGCCAUCGCGAGAGGGAUUUUUCUCUCGCGCUCUCAGCUUCGCGAUCAGUGAAGGAAUUUGAUCGCAAAUUUAAGUGAACCUGAGCAGCAAAAUAUAAAAUUGAGUGUAAAGUGACCAAAUCGAUGUGCUUAACCGCGAUAAUAAAAGUUUAUCGCGCAAAAUUGAUAGAGUGAGCGGCGAUGGUGGUCUAAAGCCAUCCGAAUCGGGCCCAGGAUUAAAGGUUAAACGUGGAAGGGGUUUCGCCUGACCAGAAAAGGGGGUAAAUAAACCGACCGCAAAACGACUCGUAAAACGUCAAGCCGAGUGUUUUUAUUGUGGUGGCCUGGGAAAAGCGCAGUGCAGUGAUAAAUUUUUGUUUUGGGCAAAAAAUACAUAAUCAUAAAACACAAAGUACACACACUCACACAUACACUUGUACGCCAAACAAAACAAAUAAUCGUAAAACCCACCGUGUGCAAGUGAACGCAAAACAAGCGCAAAUCUGGCUCAGAGUGUGCGAAAUAAUAAAAGCAAAAAGUUGUUGUGUUUGUGCGCACUAAAACGAGUGCAAAAAAAAAGGAUCGAGUGCAAAAUUAAAUCAUCCCCAAUUUGGAUUACUAUUAUUGGAUUACGUGGGGUCCUGUUCGAUUCCGCAACCUCUGAGAGGUGCCAAUCAAGGUGUAAAGCUGUGCGUAGCCAUAUUUGGACUAAUACGCACGUUACGAACGCCGGCGGUGUGUCAUACACGCACUCAAACAGUUGCGCUUGUCACAAGGAGAAAGAAGGAGUUUACAGAGCUGAGAGAAUCGAGCUUGCCAGCCAGUUUGGGUUGGUCGAGGUUGCUGAAAUUUAAAGCAAAAUCAGAAUGCCCGCCGAAGGUUCGCUGGACGAUCAUGGGCUGGCGACGAUGUCACGAUCGUCACGGAUCGACCAGUUCCUCGCGGCCGGAAACGGCUCCGGCGGCCCUCCCUCCUCACCCACGAUCCGCGGAUCCUCCGGUUCCAGCGGGAGUGGCGCCGCCGGUCGAACGCCCUCCUCGUCCGGAAGUUACGACGGCCAGCUGGGCGGUGGAUUCCCCCACAUGAUGAACCCCGCAGGUCACGGCCGCGAAAGUUCGGCGUUCGUGCCGGUGCUACCGUCGAGGACGAUGCGACCCGGACUGUACCCAGGGAUGCUCGACGGUCCGGACGGGAUGCCCAAGGAGGGAAUGCCCAAGCGGGGUUCCAGCUACGAGCUGAUGGCCAUGAUGGCGGACAAGCGGAAAGAGAUGGCCCUCCGGGAAGCCGCCGCAGCCAUGCUGCUCCCCCGAGGAGGUCCCCCCGUACAAUCGCCCGGCGGAAUCUACCCACCGCCAGGCGCCUUCCUCGGCGGUCCCGGCCCGUCCCCGACCUCCGCCGGUACCUUCACCUUCCCCCCAGCCGGCCUGUACCCACCGGGCGUCCCCCCAGGUAUGCACCCCAGCCUGGACCGGCGACUGCUGCGAGCGCCCGGCCGGGCCUCCCGCCCCAAGAAGCAGUUCAUCUGCAAGUUCUGCAACCGCCAGUUCACCAAGUCCUACAACCUGCUGAUCCACGAGCGCACCCACACCGACGAGCGGCCCUACUCCUGUGAUAUCUGCGGGAAGGCGUUCCGCCGGCAGGACCAUCUCCGAGACCACAGAUACAUUCACUCGAAGGAAAAGCCCUUCAAAUGCACCGAGUGCGGCAAGGGGUUCUGCCAGUCGCGGACGCUGGCCGUGCACAAGAUUCUGCACAUGGAGGAGUCGCCGCACAAGUGUCCGGUGUGCAACCGGAGCUUCAACCAGCGCUCGAACCUGAAGACGCAUCUGCUGACCCACACGGACCACAAACCGUACGAGUGCAACUCAUGUGGGAAGGUGUUCCGGCGAAACUGCGACCUGCGACGUCACGCGUUGACGCACACCGUCGGGGACGUUCCGCCGGACUCGCUGGACGUCGGAGAUGACGAUCCCAAUUUGAGUGGGGACGAGGACGAGUCCGUACUGGAGGUUGAUUCUCCGAUCCACAGUCCUGCCGGGCACCGGAGGUCUCCGUCGCCACCGCUGGACAUGCCCGUAUCGGCGGAACUCGACGACGACUAUCCGGACGAGCACGAGGAAGAAAACGACGAAGACGAGACGAUCAGCAUAGCGGGCUUGCCGGAACCGGAUCCGACACCCGUAGUUCAGUGCCAUCACGAGAGACCUACCGGCUCGAAGAGCCCGUACACCAUGCGACCCCAGUACGAUCACGGCAGUAGAUCAUCGACCAGCUCCCAAUCCUCUCAACACUCGCAACCAAGCCUCACUGGUGAAGACCUGUCCACCGGAGGAGGAGGUCCACUGCCCGUACAACAACACCCGCACGACAUGUUCAUGCCCAUGCUGCACGUCCGAAGGGACCUCCAUCACAAGAUAGGUCUCCUAAACCGCGCUUCCGCAACCAUCACCAGCGGAACGGGUCUCCUCGAACCCGGUGGACCCACCCCUCACACCCCCUUCUACAGCUCGAUCCCGCUCCGGAAGCGAGCCAUGGGCCCGGACGGCGAACCCCACCCGAUCAUGGCCCGCCAUUCCCUAAUGUCGUCCCAUCUUUCCCACGCGAUGAUCAAUCAACGACCCCUCAUGAAACCCCCCGACCACGACCAACAACACAAACCCCCACCGCCAGACUCCUCCUCCCCGCACGAGUCCCUCCCCAUGAUGUCCCCCCCGUCAACCCUCCCGACCUCCCCAGCCCUCCUCUCCCCCCAACAACCCACCCAGCAUCCCAUCAAUCUCGUGAACCUGUCGAAUGCCCCGACGACGACAAACCAACCAACCUCAGCGCCAAGUUCCACGGCGGCAGCAACUCCUUCAACGUCGGCUCCGGCCGCCGCACCAGCUCCGGCGGCUCCGCCGCAGCGCAAGACCGGCUUCAGCAUAGCGGACAUCAUGCGUCGCUAGCUGGGACGUCCUGCAGAGAUCGUCGGAGAGAAAAUCCCCCGAAUCAAUCAAUCAAGCGAGAGGUUCGCGGAGACGGGCGAACGGUUAAUUAAUGCUAAUGAAUUCUACAAAUGUACAAAAAAAUAGUGAGGGAAUAAGAGGAGUUUCGGAAAAAAAGUGAGAGGGAGAUGAAAAUAGUGUCAAUCCUUUUCUUCCUUUGGGAGGCUAUAGGAAAAGGGGAGAAAACGGUUGGGAGGAGCUGAUUAGCGAAUCGUAGCAAGCUGCUGAAGAGCUGCUGUUGAGCUAGUUUCUUGCAUUAUUGAUGGCUUCCGACUAUCGGAAACGCGGCGAAAACUAAGUGGAUGGGAGCGUUGCUCACCGAGCAGGAGCUAAUUAGGGACGGAAAGUUCGGAUUUCUUGGUGUUUUGAAAUUUCUAUAUUUGUAAUUCCAGAUUUAUAUUCACUGAUUUUUUUAUAAUUUUUGUACAUGAUAACUGUUAUUUUUAAGGACGUUAGAGGAAAAACAAUUCCAAAAUCAGAAUUUUGAUAUAAACAUAAUUCGAGUUUACGACCCUCUUUUACAAGAU